AAUGUUUCAAUUGAAAUCACUCCAGAUGUGCUUACUUGGCAGCAUUCAGAGAGAAAUUCACACAAAGAACAAGAGGAGCAGGGAACCUAAAAGCUCUCUGCAGGACCCAAUAUAUGGGGAACAACGAGAAGCUCUCCUAGUCUACUGGACUGUAGCACUCUAACAUGCCCAGUUGUUCUGCUACAGUAUCGGGGAUUCUGCAGAAUCUACUGGCAGACGCAGAGAAUAGGAAAGUUUUCAAAUUGAUUGCCACAUCACACAAACACAACUGGCUGAAGUUUCACAAAGAGUCAGGGGCAACAUGUGACUCCCUCCUGCUCUUCCUGUGGCCUGCAGAUGGGUGGAGGGGGUCAUUAUUCCGCAGGCAAAAGAUUUGUGUGAGAUGGUGAUCUACUAAGAUGGGAGAGCACAUGUUCCAUGAAAAAAAGGAAGACAAAGUCCUUGAAAUUCUCCAAUAACAAUGAGAGUUCGAAUUAAGGGAGAUGUCCUUUGCACUCUUCUUCUGGUGAUCUCUCUCAGCACUUUGCUGUAUAGUUUGUUAAGACCAACUGCUAAACAAGACAUUGCUCCAGUGAAAAACACGAAAAGACUCAAGAACCCACCCAGGACUGCAGCUUCCAAGAAAUAUUAUGACGCUAAAGUAAUAACAGGUAAAGUGAAACUCCUUUCAGAGGUUUAUCAUGCAGACGUAGACAGUGAAGACGUUAAGCCCACAGUCCCACCAGUAAAGACACAAUCUCCAUUUGACUUCCAACAGUACCUCAGCAGUAAAGAUCAUCGAAACUUUAGCUUGCUAAUCAACCAACCAAACAAGUGCACAAAACCUUCCGGAGAGUCAUUCCUACUCAUUGCAGUAAAAUCCAUUGUGGAAGACUUUGACCGACGUGAAAGUGUUCGCAAAACCUGGGGGAAAGAAGGAUUAGUCAAUGGUGUGCGGGUCAGGAGGGUAUUUCUUCUAGGGAUCCCCAAGAAUAAAACAACAGUGUCCUUGUGGGAGUCCCUUAUGCAACAAGAGAGUCACUAUUACAAAGAUAUAUUGCUGUGGGAUUUUCUUGAUACGUUCUUCAACUUGACCUUGAAAGAGAUCCACUUUUUGAGCUGGGCAGAAAUGUUUUGCAAUGACGUUAAAUUUAUUUUCAAGGGUGAUGCCGAUGUAUUCGUCAAUGUAGAGAACUUGAUACAUUUCUUGCAGAACCAAAACGCUUCUGAAGAUUUGUUUGUUGGGGAUAUUAUAAAUCAUGCCAAGCCGAUAAGGUCAAAGAAAAGCAAAUACUACAUUCCAGAGACUAUGUACGGGUUAGGGAUAUAUCCAGCCUAUGCAGGAGGUGGAGGAUUUCUAAUGUCGGGAGUGACCAUGAAAAAGUUGUCUGAAGCCUGCAAAGAGGUGGAACUCUUUCCUAUAGAUGAUGUAUUUUUGGGAAUGUGCUUGCAACGUAUUAAUCUCAAACCAGUUUUACACGAAGGAUUUAAAACAUUUGGAAUCACAAGACCCUCGGCUGCACCUCACUUACAAACAUUUGAUCCUUGCUUCUACAAAGACCUAAUGGUUGUACACAGUCUCAAAGCAGCAGAGAUCUGGCUCAUGUGGAACCUUCUGCACAGUCAACAGCCACCCUGUUCCCAAAAACAGAGAAUAAAGAAACCGUUCCACUGGAAGAAGAAAAAGACAAAACAGGCCAUAAAUGCAGUCACGAGUCUACAAGUGAACCAAGAACUUUCAAGCACAUGGUGAAAUAGUUGGACCCUUAAAGGUUGGGAAGAUGCAGAAUGUCCAAUCCUGCUGCAGAUUGUAGAAACCAACUAUACGGUCUCACAGCAUUGGAUCAACGACAGCAACCAUUCAUGAAAACUAAAACCCAAAAAACACAACGCACACUUCUUAGAAGAUAAAAUGUUUUUAAUCCCUUAAGGACACAUAAUGGAAAUUUUCUGUCAUGCUGGCCUUUUACUUCUGAAGGGGUGUCCUAAAGUGUCAACAAAGAAGGGGAGAAAGAGUAAUGAUGUAUAAAGGUCACACACACACACAGCACUUUCUUAUUGCACUUAUUAUGAAAAAAACUGCUAAGAUGCAGUAUGUAUUCAUAGAAAAAAAAAUAUUCAGACACAAAGCAAUAUACGCAAACACAAAAUAAACAAAGAAAAAAAAAAACAGGCAAACAAGUUGUGACCAAAUGGUCUCCCUUUAUUAGGUUGUGGGUAUACAUGCUGUUUCGGAGCAACAGAUUUCAUAAGAAUUAUUGUAAAAAACUGAAAUAAAACAAAACAAAAACAUGAUCACAAAUAUCUUUAUUUUUUGAAAACAGCAUUUCUUCUCCGACAGUUUGCCUAAUAAGAACCCCAUGUAGAAACUCUCUAAGUUUGGAGAUACUUCCACAUUAUUCUCUAUACUUAAAACGGCACAAUUAUUCUGUACUCUUGGACCAAGCCAUGGUCUCCCACAUGCCUCAGUCUGUUCACUUCCUGUCAUACGGGGCUGGGGAUGUCACCACGUUUUAGAAGGACGCAAUACUAGCAGGAUUGGGCAUUGUAAACACAAAUAAAAAGCAGCUAUGAGGGUUUCCUCAAAUGGAAAGUGUCUGGGCAACAAUCUGCAGCAGGGACGGUAGAUUUCCUUUUUUAAUAUUAACUCUAUGGUAGUCAAAAGGGUAAGUAGCUGAACAGAACAAAAUGCUAAAUGAGCACUCUGGUGGGAACGUGGGUAAUUAAACACCUGAAAGGAAGACUAGAUUAUGAGAGAACAUGCCUUUCUAGUUCACAUUUACAUGGCAGCAAACUUGGGGGGGGGAGGCAUCUUCUUACGUUCAGGUUCUCUCCCUGCAUGCGGACAUCACCUGCACACAUUUUACUACAUACAAACAAAAACCCCAAAACAAUAUUUACAAAAGAAAAAUAAAUCUGUACACUAUGCUGUAAAAACACACAAACUUUGUCCAUGUAUCACGUUAUUACACCAAAAUAUUACAAAGAGGAUACAUUUCUAUUAAUAAUUUAAUCAUUCCAAUUUCAACCUCUCCCCCCACAACCAGCUGACCUCCUCCUAUACACAAAAUGACACAGAGAGACUCAGUGCCAGUGAUAGCGUUGGUUAACAUUCUGGCAUCAACUGUUAAUAAGCAGGGAGAAGAGGACAGAAUCCCAGUAACCCAAGGAGAAUGUUGCGUCUAUAGGCAUCCAUGGCAGUAAGAAAUCGCAACACAUUGCUCAACGGUAAAUUGUCUGCAUGUGUGUAUUACAUAACUGCUCUUAGUACCCCCCAAUAAUGUCUUUCCCUUUAUAAAACAUGGAAAAAUAUAACCGUAACAAACUUGGCACUAUCUCUUAGGAAACCAGUACAUGCAGGAUCCGGACCAGUUGGAAGAUGUGGAGAAAUAAAUUACAGAUCAUACAUCCCUUGGUAACUGUCUGGCAGACAUCUUUGGCUAUUGUGUAAAAAGCAUGGAGUCACCACUCCCCCUGUUAACUAGUGCAUUUGGCCUCUCUUCAGCAAGAUUGUAAGGUAUAGGUAUUUCAAACACUGGACCUCUACCAGUUGGUGAGCUGGGUCUCCCAUGAACCGUUGCAAGCCAUCUGAUGAUUUUAUGUUUUGGCAAAGGGUAAAAAGUGCAGUUUGCCAGCAGAGAGAGGCCCUCUGUUUUAACAGUUUUAAAGAAUUAAAUCAAUAAAAAAUACAUAUUUUUUGCACUGUUACGAGAGCAAAAGUGAAACAGGAUUUGUACAUCAGCUGGAUAUAUUUGUAAUUAUAGGGAACAUAAUGCCUUUAUGUAAAACAUUAGCAAAAUAUGUUUAAAAAGAAACAUAUUACACAGGAAAAAAAAAAAUAUCUAUUCUUCCGUUUAGAGGGACACUCUAUGCACCAAUAAAACUUGUGUAUUUUAUAGAUUUUGGCCUCAUUAAUAUGCUGUAUUGUUUGGAGGCAAAUCCAACAUCACUGUGGGAGCUGGUUUUAAUUAACAGCCUGGCUGCAGACAGUCAGAGAAACUACAAACAGGUAGUGAUAACUUUACUAUACGUGCCCCUGGGUGUCUUCUCCUCCUAAUGCAAGCUAAUUGGACCGCAUUCUGUAAAACAUUUAUAAUUUUGUGCAAAAUAUAAAACUAUGAAGAUUUAAGCACAUACAGCAUAUUAUAUGAUAUCAAUACGGAUGAUAUGGAUUUAAGUUUCACAGCUGCCGGGAAUGUCCCUUAAUAGUAGCAUUCUAAGUAUCAUAACUGUUGCUCAUCGGCUUGUGUCAAUUUUUUUUUUUUUUAAGUGUUCUGAAAAACCUAGGUCUCAUGCUGGGAAGUUGCAGAAUGGCCUCCACUGCUGAGACUCUGCUGAUGCAGAUAUGAACAUCCGCAUUAGCUUAUCCGCUUUUGGUGUCAAUGAUAAACAGUGUUAGUAAGUUAGUUAAAUGCUGGAUAAGGUUCUAAAUUAUUCGAGUUACAGCAGCGGGGUAAAGAUUGUAGGUGGUGUUUUAUUGAAUAGCUUAAAAAAUAUUAGAUACGGAUCAGGGUGAUGUAACCCACUUAGUUUGUAAGUACCAUAACAACUACAGCCUAGUAGUGGUUAUGGAUUAGGGAGUCCCUUUAAUAUUCUUUGCUCUCGUUUUGACUUUUGUAAACAGCUUUAAGCAAAGAUGUCCCGUUAAAGCAAACUUUAAGAUCCCGCUAAAAAAUAAAGGUCUACGAAGGCAAAACGCAUUGGGCUGUUCAACAAUGGAAAUUUUAUGAGUAAAUAAAGUUUGUUUUAACAGCAAACUUGUGCUUCAGAACUUUCCACAGUCAGUUGGUUUUAAUUGGUAGAAUCAAUUAUACAUCAAAUGACGGCAGUGAAUUAUUCAUGAGCAUUUAACUUUUAUAGGCAGUUUGUGCCUGUGUCUUAUGAAUACAUGUUUAUUGCGUAACCACUAAAAAAACCUUGUCCAAUAAGGCUUAGAGCAAGUUUCCAGACGAUUUCUCAGUAAUUUGUUGCCUGAGAUCCAUAUUUUAACACAGUUCAAGCAGGCAUCAUCAUGGUCAAUGUAAGCUCCUAGCAUGAAUAAUACCAAACAGGUAAUAGAUGGACAGUAAUUCUGUUUAUACAGGGUUGGACAUAGACUUUUCAGAGUUAUUUUGCUCUGUGUCCAAAAUAAGAUAGGUAAUACUUUGCAGAUAAUGACAGGGUUUCAGGUUUCCUAUUGACAUGGCCAAUGCAAUACUAAAUAUUUGAAAUAAAAGGUAUGGUAAUGAUGACUUCAAAGAAGAGUCGUCAAUUUGUUUAUACAAGUUAAUAUGUUUUACAGCUUCUGUGUAUAUUAUUUUACAACAUAUACAUACAAGUAAAUACCAUAUUUCAGUGCAUUUUCCAACUUUGCCUUACUAGGUGGGGCAUUUUUAAAUCCUCUUAGAUGCAUACAUAUUCAAAUAAAGGCCAAGCAGGUAGUCAAGAAGACUUUGUGCAUGUUGACAAUUCCUUAGGUCAUGUACAAGUGCUGGGAUUCUCAAAAAUAAAACUUUAUGAGCUUAAUUCGACUAUUCGAGCAUGGACUUGGCCAAUAUGAGGUGCGGACAACCACUUAAAAAUGGCUGCUCGCGCUAAGAAAGGGUAAGUUUGGAAAUGCUCCGUAGCGGUGUUUACGAGCAAUAUGUCAUCAGUGUAUAUUAUUGUAACGCAUACAUACAAGUAAUCUUUUUAUUUUCAAUGAUAAUAAAUUAUAACAAUUUUCCUUUUAAAUAAAAUGGCACUCUCACAAAAGUGAAAUAUGUACCUACUGUGGGAUGAUUUAAAAUUUAGAGAAAGUGAGAGAAGAUUCACAUGGUGAGACAGGAGGGGGACAAACCCUUUAAAAUUAUAUCUGCUUUUUUUGUGGAUUUGUUUUCUGCCAAUCAAAAUACAGGAAGAAUUUAAAUUACAGAUGUGGUAACAAAAAUGUAUAAAUGAAGACAAA